AUGUUGCCAACAUUGCGCUACCUGGGUGGUGCCUGCGGGCGGGCCGGCGGGGGCUGCUUCGGAGCGUGCAGGCCAACGCAAGGGAGGCGGUGGCUGCUGCGCGGAGAUUGCAGCUAUGGCCGCAGAGCCAGCACUAGCUCAUUUGAUGUAGUCAUUGUUGGUGGCGGAAUUGUGGGACUUGCCUCUGCCAGAGCACUGAUCCAGCGGCAUUCAGCACUUUCUAUCGGUCUUCUGGAAAAGGAGAAAGAUUUAGCUCUUCAUCAGACUGGACAUAACAGUGGUGUCAUACAUAGUGGAAUUUAUUAUAAACCUGAAUCUCUGAAAGCUAAAUUAUGUGUACAAGGUGCAGCCCUCAUCUAUGAAUACUGUAACAAGAAGGGAAUUUCCUACAAGCAAUGCGGGAAGCUUAUAGUAGCUGUUGAACAAGAAGAAAUUCCUAGGCUUCAGGCCCUAUAUGAAAGAGGUCUUCAAAAUGGUGUCCAGGGCCUGAGGCUGAUCCAGCAGGAAGAUAUAAGAAAGAAGGAGCCAUAUUGUAGGGGUCUAAUGGCUAUUGAUUGCCCAUAUACUGGCAUUGUGGACUAUCGGCAGGUGGCUUUGUCAUUUGCCCAGGAUUUCCUAGAUGCUGGUGGCUCUGUUUUGACAAAUUUUGAAGUAAAAGAUAUUGAAAUGGCUAAAGAAAGUCCUUCAAGAAGUCAAGAUGGGAUGAAAUAUCCAAUUGUUAUUAGGAAUGAAAAGGGAGAGGAGGUUCGGUGUCAGUAUGUCGUGACAUGUGCAGGACUUUACUCAGACCGUAUUUCAGAGAUGAGUGGCUGCAAUCCUGAUCCUCGAAUUGUACCCUUCCGGGGAGAUUAUCUGCUCUUAAAGCCAGAAAAAUGCUAUCUUGUAAAAGGAAAUAUCUACCCGGUCCCAGAUAGCCGGUUUCCUUUCCUAGGAGUUCACUUCACACCAAGAAUGGAUGGCAAUAUUUGGCUAGGGCCCAAUGCAGUUCUUGCCUUUAAACGUGAGGGUUACAAACCUUUUGACUUCAAUGCCAGAGAUGUUAUGGAUAUAAUUAUCAAUAGUGGUUUGGUUAAACUGGUGUUCGAGAAUUUCUCCUAUGGAGUUAAAGAAAUGUAUAAGGCCUGUUUUCUCAGUGCAACAGUGAAGCACCUCCAGAAGUUCAUCCCUGAAAUUACUGUCAGUGAUAUACUUAGGCAGGUGGACUGUUAGAGUCCUGAACAAUGAAAGUGAGUGACAAGGACAUUUAUUGUUUUCUGUGGCAUUGCUUUGACUUGCUAGUGACUGGCAGCACUUGUAGCUUUAAAUAAAUUGAAGAAGUAGGAGAGAGAAUAUGG